CCCUGGUAACGAGCACCGCGCGCGCGGGGCCGCGCCCUGCCCGGGCCGCCGCCCCCCCAUCCCCUCACAGCCCCUCACAGCCCCUCACCGCCCAUCACAGCCCGUCACAGCCCGUCACCGCCACCAUGCAGAGCGAGGACGCCCGGUACCUCAAGAGGAAGGUAAAAGGAGGUAACAUAGAUGUGCAUCCAUCUGAGAAAGCCCUCAUUGUCCAUUAUGAAGUGGAAGCGACGAUUCUGGGAGAGAUGGGAGACCCCAUGCUGGGGGAGCGCAAGGAAUGUCAGAAAAUAAUUCGGCUGAAGAGUCUUAAUGCAAAUACAGACAUUUGUUCCCUGGCUCGAAAGGUUGUUGAGGAGUGCAAGCUCAUUCACCCCUCCAAACUCGCAGAAGUGGAGCAGCUGCUGUACUACCUGCAGAACCGCAGAGAUUCUUCAGCAGGAAAAGAAAAGAAAGAGAAAACCAGCAAGCCAAAAGAUCCACCUCCUUUUGAAGGAACAGAGAUUGAUGAAGUUGCCAAUAUCAAUAGCAUGGAUGAGUACAUUGAGUUACUGUACGAGGACAUUCCUGACAAGGUGCGUGGCUCUGCCCUCAUCCUGCAACUGGCCAGGAAUCCUGACAACUUGGAGGAGCUGCUUAUAAAUGAAACUGCCCUGGGCGCAUUGGCUAGAGUGCUGAGGGAAGACUGGAAACAAAGCAUUGAACUGGCUACCAAUAUAAUUUACAUUUUCUUCUGCUUUUCGAGUUUCUCUCAAUUUCAUGGGAUAAUCACACAUUACAAAAUUGGAGCUCUGUGUAUGAAUAUCAUAGACCAUGAACUGAAGAGACAUGAGCUUUGGCAGGAAGAACUUGCUAAAAAGAAGAAAGCUGUUGAUGAAGAUCCUGAAAAUCAAACCCUGAAAAAGGACUAUGAGAAAACUUACAAGAAAUACAAAGGGCUGGUUGUCAAGCAGGAGCAGCUGCUUAGAGUUGCGAUUUACCUUCUGCUGAACCUCGCUGAGGAUACGCGCAUUGAGCUGAAGAUGAGGAACAAGAACAUUGUCCACAUGUUGGUCAAAGCACUGGACCGGGAUAAUUUUGAGCUGCUCAUCCUCGUUGUAACCUUCCUGAAGAAACUCAGCAUUUUCAUGGAGAACAAAAAUGAUAUGGUUGAAAUGGAUAUUGUUGAAAAACUUGUGAAGAUGGUACCAUGUGAGCAUGAAGACCUGCUGAAUAUCACUCUUCGACUCUUACUGAAUCUCUCCUUUGACACAGGCCUGAGAAGUAAAAUGGUCCAUGUUGGUUUGCUCCCCAAGCUCACUGCACUCCUGGGAAACGAAAAUAACAAAAAAGUAGCGAUUUGCAUUCUGUAUCACAUCAGCAUGGACGACUGCUUUAAGUCGAUGUUUGCAUACACAGACUGUAUCCCUCAGUUAAUGAAGAUGCUUUUUGAAUGUCCUGAUGAGCGAGUUGACCUGGAACUCAUUUCUUUCUGUAUUAACCUUGCUGCCAACAAAAGAAAUGUGCAGCUUAUCUGUGAAGGAAAUGGGUUGAAAAUGCUCAUGAAGCGGGCCUUGAAGUUUAAGGACCCGUUGUUGAUGAAGAUGAUCAGAAAUAUUUCACAACAUGAUGGACCAACUAAAAGCCAGUUUAUUGAAUAUGUUGGUGAUUUAGCAGCUCAAGUAUCAAAUGAUGAAGAAGAAGAAUUUGUGAUUGAAUGCCUGGGAACACUUGCAAAUUUGACCUUACCAGAGCUGGACUGGGAACUUGUGCUGAAGGAAUACAAACUGGUUCCAUAUCUCAAGGACAAGCUAAAACCAGCAGGUUCUGCCGAGGAUGACCUUGUUUUGGAAGUGGUGAUCAUGAUUGGGACCGUGUCCAUGGAUGACUCCUGUGCUGCUCUGCUGGCUAAAUCUGGAAUCAUCCCUGCACUCAUCGUGCUUCUGAACGCUCAGCAGGAAGAUGAUGAGUUUGUCUGCCAGAUCAUCUAUGUAUUUUAUCAGAUGGUGUUCCACCAAGCCACCAGAGAUGUCAUCAUCAAGGAAACACAAGCCCCAGCAUAUCUUAUAGACCUGAUGCAUGACAAAAAUGCUGAGAUCCGCAAGGUUUGUGACAACACUCUGGAUAUCAUCGCGGAAUACGAUGAGGAAUGGGCUAAAAAAAUCCAGACGGAGAAGUUUCGAUGGCACAACUCGCAGUGGCUGGAGAUGGUGGAGAGCCGGCAGAUGGAUGACAGCGAGCAGUACCAGUACGGGGACGAUCCCAUCGAGCCCUACAUCCAUGAGAGGGAUAUUCUGGAGAGACCUGACCUCUACUAUAACGCAGAUGGGCUGGUAGCCCCUGAUGGAGCAGUGAGUCCGGAUAUCUUCGGGGAUUACCAGCUUCAGAAUGGAGACCUGAUUGGGCAGCACCCCUUCUCUGGCAACCCUGGAGCGGACGGAUUUGGUCAGAGCGCGGCGGUUCCGGGGCGCCCAGCGACCGCCUACGGCUACCGGCCGGACGAGCCCUUCUACUACAGCUACGGAGCGCGGUGAGCCCGGCCACGGCCCUGCCCUGCUCUGCAUGACUGUGCCACCACGGCCCCACUCUGUACCCUUGGCAUGUGUAGCUCCACUGAAAUCUAGCCCUCCUCGGUCCGCUGUGUUAGUGACAGUGUCUGCUCUUUGGUUGCUCUUGGUUGUUAUUAUUUUUGUACAGUAACUGUGACUUGAAGGCAGGAAGUGGAAACUACUGGACUGGAAAGUGUCACAUUAUGUAUAUUAAGCUACUAAUUUAAUUUCUAUUAAAUAUAAAAACCUGUGUGGUCA